AUGGCUAAAGUGGCUGCCAUUUGGGUGGGCAUGGUGAUGUUCGCCCUGGAUUUCACUGCUGGGAUCCUGGCGAUCCAAGCUCAAGCUGCGGAAAACAAGGUUAAAAGAGUAUCAGCCAUCUUCGGCCGCUGUAAAGAACCAGCGUACACAGCUUAUGUGCUCGGCCUCGUGGCCGCAGCGUUACUGCUUAUUGCCCACUUAACUGCUUAUUGGCCACUUAACUGCUUCGGAUGGAUCUACUACUCUGAAUUGGAUUCCAUCGGUGCAUCCAUCAACAGGAAACUGGCAGUGCUCUCAUGGAUGGUCUUCGGUGUCGCAUUCUGGCUGCUGCUCGUUGGGGCCAUGUCCAAUACCAAGACAUCAUGCUGGUUCAUCCAUUUUGACACCUUGGUCGUCGGCGGCAACACCUGCUUCAUCCACGCCGUCAUCACCAUCGCCUACUAUGUCACGGCCACCGCGGCAGCGCCGGAGUUUGCUUAGCCCCUCGGCUGUGUUGGCGUCCCUUCAUCUGUGCUGCUGUAUGUUGAAAUGUACUCCAUAAACGAU